CGCAGAUACGUCUCGUUUUUUGGAAGAGUCACGAGUUCAAUCCCGGGUCAAUCCCGGGUCAUGGCUACCAUUCAUAAAAUAGUCUACGGUUUUUAUGGCUACAGCCAUGCGCACUAGUCUAAAUCCUAGUGCUAUGGCUCGGCCGAAAGACGUGGAUCCCGAGUUGCGUCAACUUGGCCAGCAUCGCCCGCUCUGUGUGAGACUGAGGGAUGAGGAGACCGAAUGGGAACUUGGUCUUGUCCGCAAGCAACGAAAAGUCGGCGUUGUACCCCAAGCGGCAGAAUGAUAUCCAUGCACUCGAUUUUGUCCAGAGCCUAUUUGUGUUCCGGUCAAAUACAGCAGACCAACGCAAGACACCAGAACCCACCUCGAGAGUCGCUG